UGGCGGCGCAGCAGCGGAAGAAGAAGAGGCAGCAGUGCAGCGCAGCCUGCUGGCUGUUAGCUGAGAUGAAGAACAGACAGAAUCAAUGGAGGACACAAACAGUACCUAAAGCAUCAUUUCAGAGCUGCUAAAACGCAAGCAGCGGAGGUGGGUGGAGCUUCCCAGCGGCCAUGAUGGAGGAGGCAGAGCCUGACAUUUCUCCCAUCCCUUCUGACCAGAACAGCCCCUCCCCCUCUCUCUCAUCCUCCCCCUCCCUCUCACUGCCCUCCACCCCCUCCUCCUCCUGUGGCCCUGCCCAGGCCGCAACCCCGCCUCUGUGCGUCAUCAGUGAGGGCGCCAGCGAGCUCAGCCUGGUGAUCGACGCUGAGGUGGCUCAGCGGGCGUGUCAGGAGGUGCUGCAGAAGGUGAAGCUGCGGCAGGUUGAAGGUGACGUCACUCACCUGCAGAAUGGGGCUGGGCUGGAGGCAGAGCCCGCCGCUGCCAAAGCCUCCAAGAUCCGCGAGGAGGACGACCACGAUGCACCGGCGCCCGGCUCGGUAAAGAACGCCCGGCGGCGGCAGAGACACAACCCCUCCAAACAGUCGUGGUUGCUGCGCCUGUUCGAGUCCAAGCUGUUUGAUGUUUCCAUGGCGAUCUCCUACCUGCACAACUCCAAGGAGCCCGGUGUCCAGGCGUACAUCGGCAACCGGUUGUUCAGCUUCCCACACGAGGACGUGGACUUCUACCUGCCGCAGCUGCUCAACAUGUACAUCCACAUGGACGAGGAUGUGGGCGACGCCAUCAAGCCCUACGUGGUGCACCGCUGCAGGCAGAGCAUCUCCUUCAGCCUGCAGUGCGCCUGGCUGCUGGGCGCCUACUCAUCCGACAUGCACAUCUCCACCCAGCGACACUCUCGAGGAACCAAACUGAGGAAACUCAUCCUGUCUGAUGAACUCAAACCGGUGGGGCCUCGUGCCCGCAGAGAUCCCCUGACUCUUACGCCGUUCUGCCCGACAGCAGCCCACGGCGGCGGCUCUGGACCGCUGGGAGGAGACCACGGUCUGUCGCCGUCCAAACGAACGCAUCAGCGCUCAAAGUCUGAUGCCACCGUCAGCAUCAGUCUGAGCAGCAACCUGAAGAGAACAGCCAGCAACCCGAAGGUGGAGAGCAGCCAGGAUGAGCCGGUGCGUCUGGCUCCUCAGAGGGAGUUCAUCAAGUCUCUGAUGGGCAUCGGGAAGCGUUUGGCGACGCUGCCGACCAAAGAGCAGAAAACUCAGCGGCUGAUCUCAGAGCUGUCGCUGCUCAACCACAAGCUGCCGGCCCGAGUCUGGCUGCCGACCGCCGCCUUCGACCACCACGUGGUCCGAGUGCCACACACCCAGGCUGUGGUGCUCAACUCCAAGGACAAAGCUCCGUACCUGAUCUACGUGGAGGUUCUGGAGUGCGAGAACUUUGAGACGUCCAGUGUUCCGAUCCGGAUCCCAGAGAACCGGAUCAGGAGUACACGUUCUGUGGAGAACCUGCCGGACUGCGGCAUGACGGCCGAGCAGCGAGCAGGAAGCUUCUCCGUUGUCCCAAACUACGACAACGACGAUGAGGCGUGGUCUGUGGACGACAUUGGAGAACUUCAGGUGGAGCUCCCAGAGAUUCACACCAACAGCUGUGACAACAUCAGUCAGUUUUCAGUGGACAGCAUCACCAGCCUGGAGAGCAAAGAGCCAGUGUUCAUCGCAGCUGGAGACAUCAGGCGUCGGCUGUCCGAACAGCUGGCUCAGGCUCCCACCACCUUCAAACGGGACCCUGAGGACCCCUCAGCUGUGGCCCUGAAGGAGCCCUGGGAGGAGAAGGUCAGGCGGAUCAGAGAAGGUUCUCCGUAUGGUCACCUUCCAACCUGGAGGCUGCUGUCGGUUAUUGUAAAAUGUGGUGAUGACCUGAGGCAGGAGCUUCUCGCCUUCCAGGUGCUGCAGCAGCUCAAGUCGAUCUGGGAGCAGGAGCGGGUUCCUCUGUGGAUCAAACCCUAUAAGAUCCUGGUUCUGUCGGCGGACAGCGGCAUGAUCGAGCCGGUGGUGAAUGCUGUGUCGCUGCACCAGGUGAAGAAGCAGAGUCAGCUGUCGCUGCUCGACUACUUCCUGCAGGAGCACGGAGCCCCGACCACCGAGGCCUUCCUGUCGGCUCAGAGGAACUUCGUGCAGAGCUGCGCUGGAUACAGCCUCAUCUGCUACCUGCUGCAGGUCAAAGACAGGCACAACGGCAACAUCCUGCUGGACGCCGAUGGACACAUCAUUCACAUCGACUUCGGCUUCAUCCUGUCCAGCUCGCCCAAAAACCUCGGCUUCGAGACGUCGGCCUUUAAACUGACCUCAGAGUUUGUGGACGUGAUGGGCGGUCCAGACGGCGACAUGUUUAACUACUAUAAGAUGCUGAUGCUGCAGGGUCUGAUCGCAGCCAGGAAGCACAUGGACCGAGUGCUGCAGAUCGUGGAGAUCAUGCAACAAGGCUCCCAGCUGCCCUGCUUCCACGGCUCCAGCACCAUGCGAGGCCUGAAGGAGCGUUUCCACAUGAGCCUGACGGAGGAGCAGGUGCAGCUGCUGAUCGAUCAGCUGGUCGACGGAUCAAUGAGGUCGCUCACCACCAAACUCUACGAUGGCUUCCAGUACCUGACCAACGGCAUCAUGUGACGUGUCUGUGUAUGUGUGUGUGUGUGUGUGUCAGCCGUGCUUGUCUUCGGUGCAGUUCAUGUCUGUUUGUGUGUGUGUACACUGAGGAGCUGAUGAUCUCCAGCUUUUAAAACUCCACCUUCUUCUUCUUUUAUUUAAUUGUUAUUCCAUUUUCUGUUUUUCUCUUCGUCUCCUUUCGUUUCUCCUCUUCUUCUUUUUCCAUAUUUGGGCAGAAGCCCCUGAUUGGCCACUCAGCCGGACUCGUAGCCAAUCAGAGAGUGGCCCAGUUUUAGUUUGAACUGUGAACCGUCAGCCGGCGGCAGGUUUUUAUUGUCUCUGAGGCGCAGCAGACUGACUAAAGGACCACUCUGUGUUUCUUCAUGUUUAGCUGCAGAUUGUGUGAACCAGUUUGACCCAGUAAAACCAGCCGAUGUCGACCUGCAGCUCCAGUUUCAUUUCAUUGCUUUACUGAAGACGUACGUCAGUGUCGGUAAUUAACUCUUUAUUAACUCUGAGACUGAAGCAAACUGCUGCAGGUUUAGUAAAAGAAGAAGAAUCCGACUUUGACGUUCAGACAUUUGAUGGUUCAGGUCUUUUCAUGGAAACAGAAAAGUCGCUUCAAUAAAUAAAACCUGUGGUGUUUAAUUCAUCUGCACACGUCACACGAUUCAUCAGGUCGACUCCUGGCCUCGUCUCAGAUCAUCUUCAACUUGUUUUUGUCAUAAAAUGUGGAUAUUUGAAAUUUUGGAAUGAUGUUUUACAAACUUUGUGAGAUAAUUUCUUUUUUUUAAAAUCUGCCCUUUGACCCGCUUUCAGCAGGUUUUUUCUCACAUUGAAAUGUGAGGCUGUUUGAACAAAAAUAUCUCAGAAACCUAAACAUAAAAACCUUAAAUUUUGUACUUUUUGUACAAAAAUCAGUAUUCAGGUGAGUGUUGUAAAUCCUGAUCAUUAGACUAGAUGGUUUUCUGCUCUGAGCUCACGUCACGUGCACGCUCCUGUUUUCUAUGUGCACAGGUUUGAGGUUCAUUUAAAGCCUCAGAAACCUUCAGUUCACUAAGAAAAUGUCAGGAAAAAUCUAUUUUUAUGAACCGUUUUUGGGAUUUCAGCAGCAAAACUUUCAGUUUUCUUGAUGGAUUUUCUUCUUUUUCCAGUAACUCUGACCUCAAUAAAGACACAGGAACAAGCUGAGAGUCAUUCAGAGAUGUGGAGGAUGUUUUUCUAUUUUCAGACCCUGAACACACUCUUAGUUUAUAAACUUGUGCUGCUUUUAAAACAGAGACUUGUUUUAUUUUUAAACUGCAGGUUUCCUUGUGAACGGAAUCGAUGAUGUUUGUGUACAGUUUCUGAUCUUUUCUCAGAGUUUAAUCCACCGUGAUGAUGAACUUUUCUGAAACUAAGAGAGAAAGAGAAGCAUCGUGUGAUGGGUUAGAGUCGAGUUCGUCUGCACAGAAUAAAAGAUGCUGAAAUGUU